AUGCCAGCCUACCCGGCACCGUGUCAGAGUUACGCGCCAGCACCAGUUUUCCAGCAGUACGUUGCUCCACCAGCCGUGGAUUGCUGUUGUCGAUGUGGAGUGCCGUGCCGCUUCAGACACAGACAUCGAACCCACGGUUCCAAGAUUUUCGCAGCCGACUCAGUUGAGGAAGAGAUGGAAGCCACUUGCAACAACAAGAAAUUGCGAGUGAUCAUUGAAGACGUGAGUUUUGAAGUGUUUAUCUAA